UGAAACGCGAUCGUACGUCUUUGCAACAGGUUAGAAAGACAAAGAAUUUCACAUACAUAGCCAUAGGGUCCACUCAGCAAUACGUUAUUUAAAUACAAGCAAUGCCGUGCGAAAGGGGUCAGGACCAGACAGUCGCACGCACGCCCAACCCUCAUAAUAUGCACGUGUGCGAGAGAUAAAGUUUUCUAACGCUCUGUGACUCUCGUGUCAGCGCAACGUUAAACGCCAUGAGUUCAGCAAAGAUAGACAGUCUACGCAAACGCAUUGCAUCUGCACGGGCGGCGGGGAAAGAGACCCGUGAGGCAGAGCUGUGUUUUGAGAUAGGCGAACUACUCAGAGCUAAAGAGAAUUUUGCAGAGGCUGUUGAUUACUUCGAACGACAUGCACAUCUGAGUGAAAAGGCUUGGCAAUCGUUGCCUACAUCCUCCACGCUUGCUAAGGAGUAUGCCUUGGCGUGCCGACUGGUGGGUGAUUGCUACUCGGGUCUUGCAAGAUUUGAGGAGGCGAUUGACUACAACAAGAAGUAUCUUGGCGUGGCGAAGAAGAUGAAGAACCGUGCUAUGGAACAGGAGGCCAUGCAGACCUUAGGCAAUGUGUACCUGGAUAGAUCGCGCGACAACCAGGACGCCUCCAAAGCAGAGGUUGCGUACCGCAAAUGCCUUCAGCUGGUCGAUCGGUUGACCUCAGAGAUGCAGCCGUUCGAUAUCUCAGACAAGCGCUGUCGGCUGUACUAUAACCUGUGCCAAGUGACUAAGAUACGCAUGAAGUUCGAGGCGCAGAAGAGCGGCGAAGCGGGAGAUGGCGAUACGGAUUCGGCAAGGACAACACGGAACGGUGCGAGUCAGUUGGAGGAGUACUGUGAGAAGGCGAUCAAGUGCAGCACACUGGGCCACAAUGUGGAUAUCCGUGUGCAGUCUAUGGUGUUGUUAGCCGAAACCUAUUACCAGACCGAUAGGCCGGAUGAGGCUAAGGCAAUGUUUGAGGAUGCUUUGGAGCCUGCGCGGACAAUCAAGGACAGCGCAGUCAGAAGUCUGCAGAUGUAUCUCAUAUACGUUGGACUCGUCCAGAUCGCAAUGGCGAAUGGAGUGCUAUCAGCGCCUCCGGAUAGCGAGGAGCGUGUGUGGGUGACCAAGCAAUGCAAGAAAGCCUACCUGCUUACCAACCAGGGGACCAACGAAGAGGUGCGUGCGCUGCAGUUGUAUCGCCGAUUGCGAGCGGAUGAUAAGAUAGCCACCUUCAACACACAGCUCCAGAGCAUUGACCCUGAAGACACUCUGUUGCUGUUCAAAACCCACGAACGGUACGGUGACAUGCUGGCUAGCAUGGACGAUGACGAACACAAGGAAAUCGCUCUGGAGCACUACAGCGCAGCCAUUGCGCUGCUGAAGGCAAUGGACUCCAAAUGGCUGUCAGAAGACGAGCGCCUGUCGCAUCUGCACGAUAUGUACACGAGUGCUAUCAUGACUCACUGCGAAUUGGAGCAAUAUGUGGAGGGGCUCAUGCUGCUGCAAAAAAACAAAGCGCUGCAGAAGGGACGGCCGGCGGAGGCGUCCGUGUAUCUGUUUGAAGCAACGCUCCUUCAACAUAAUGAUCCCACACACUCGUCGCAAUUGUCUCUGGAGAAGAUUGCCCAGUCCAGGCAGCGUGCUAUGGAGCUGGCAAAGGAGUACGAUAUCGAGGAGGAGAUGGAGGAUCCGAUGUUCGAUACAGCGAGCAAUGAAAUAAACGGCUUUGAAUCAAUUGCCGAAGACUCGGAUCCAGACGAAAGUAUGGGCGGCGAUGAAGUCAGUGAGAAGAUCAAGGAGGCACGCCAAACGGCCGCGAGAGAGAGAGCGCUCAUCAACAGAGUCAACAAACGCAAUGACAAGGGCGAGACCGCGCUACACUCGGCCGUCAUCAGUGGAGACAGGGCCAAGGUGGUGCAGCAGUUGGGUUGGGGAGCGAAGGUUGUGACGUACGACUUCAUGGGCUGGACUCCCAUUCACGAGGCAGCGAACCACGGCCAUGUGGAGAUACUGAGCUUGUUGCUGGAGACGCCUGGCUGUACGUUGGCCGCAGUCAACGCUCCAAACAACGAGGGCGUGACGCCGUUGCACGACGCUGCCAUGAACGGGUACGACGAAUGCGUUCGGCUAUUGCUGGAUGCCGGUGCAACCAGAAGUCUAGAACACUUGGACCGGAAGAAGCAGCGACCACUGGAUGUGGCCAUUGACGGGUGCAAACAAGUGCUUGAAGAAGCCAUGACAGCCGAAGGCUUGCGCCUGGAUACAAUCGAGGUCAUUAGGCCCGAAUCACCCGAGAAAAUGGUGCAGGACAUCCCGUUGCCCAUGGAAACCGCACAAGCCCUCCGAGCCCCGAAACGGGGCACGGCACACUUCCUGGAUAUGAAGGAACGGAUUGAAGAACAAUACACAAAACGAGCUCAGAUGAAGAGCGCUGAUGGUGUGGACGUGACCAGUGAAUCAGAAGAGGAAGGUCUCACAGAUGAACUGGACGACGAAAGGAAUGCCGACCUCACAGACAGCAGUGACAGUGACAGAUUCGCAGUGACAAACGAUCUCUCGGAUGAAGCACUGAGUGACGCCGACCCAAUGGCUGGCGCAGCCCAUGCCCUGACCACUCGCAGCCCCAAUGUGCAACUGCACGCCCCCAGAAUGGAUGGAUUUGACUCAUUCUCUGACGACGAUGAUGUGUUGAUGGGUGUCAGUAGGUCUGAGCACAUCAACCCUCUGCGAGUGCACGUGGAUGGCGCAGACUCAGACGCAGGCGCAAACAGUGUACACUCGGGCACGCACACGCACACUCGGCACUCCGGAUCACUUCCACACCGUGAGGACGCAGACACGCACACAGGAGCCCUACACAGAGACAGUGGGGAUAGCUCAGAAGGGGCUGUGUGUGUAGUCAAUCGACAACACAUCAACCGCAACCACGGCGUGACUGGGUCUAGAAGCAAACACCGGGCAAAGACGGUGGCAAGCCGGAAUUACAACUACAACUACAACAUCUCACUCAACAGCGAGAAGACGACCGACAGACCAUACGAUGCACACGACGCGUACGACACCCGCGGGCGUAACCACUCAACUGCCGAAGGGCAACACCAGGCGUCUAUGAGACAGACAGCCGGGUCACGACUGAACGCGCACCACCAACUGCUGGGGGACUAUUCGUCUAGUGGGAGUGAUGGCGGUAGUGGACAAUUAAGCAGGAGUGGGCCUGAUCAGCAUAGUGCGCGGGGGACGACGAGUGGGGGUGGGAGGAGGAGUCGCGGCCGGGCAGAGGGCCGGAGCGGUUCUGGUGAGCCUAGCCAUCCGCAGCAAACACGCACACACACACACACACAUGCACACGCAAACGCACACGUAGAAAGAGAGAAAGAGAGUGGAAAACAAAGGCAUGGGCACGCCCACGCCCACGCUCACAUACUAAGAAGGAAGAAGAGGAGACAGCAACCACAUUCUCUGCCAGAUAGGCUGUCAGGUGUGAGUUACACAGGACCCCGAAGUAAUGACACGGGUCAGAUCCAUAGCACACACAACCGCAGGCGGCAGAAAACAUCUGAGAGUCACAGGAGACGAGGCAUGCAUGAGACAUAUCAUCAUGGCAAUGGAGAGCAUUCCCGGGAUAAGGGUGAGGUUAGUGGGGUUGGUACAGGGCGAGUGUCGGAUGAUAGUGACUGUGGGGAUGCGCGUGGUCGUAGUCAUUGGUACAGUGAUGAUAGUAUCGGCGGUGGGAUCAGUAGUGAUGAGAAUCACGCGCUCCGGUCGUCAGCCGGGGUGAACAGCAUGGGCAGAGGUAGUAUUAACAGUAACACGUAUGGAGACAGUAUUAGUAAUAAUGAGCCAAACAGCGGCAACGAUAAACACAACCGACAUAGCAGCAGGCACGGCAUAGGGAGUGGUCGUGAGUCGGGCACUUACCGGUCGAGAGUGGUGGUCAUCUCAUCGGACACAGACAACAGUGCGGCAGAGUCCGCCUUAGACACAGGGAUACCCUUCCACAGGGGAACACACGACGGUGCUCACACACGCACACACGCCAGCGGUACCAUACACACCUUACCUACACAUACACACACACACACACGUGCGCGCGCACAUUCACAACGCAGAGAGGUGGACAGUGGGGUCAUGGAGGAUUACUUCCCAACCAUCGGCAGUGGCACAGUAUCAGCAGUAGCGAAACAACAGACGUCUCUGGCCGUAAACAAUAGGGACAACGGGACACCGGGUGUACCGCCGGAAAUGCCCAAAUUCGAGUUUGGGUUAACAUUCAAGGACAGGCCUCAUUUGGCCCUGCGAGUACGGAUCACUGAACAGCACACCGAUAGCACUGUCCCUAAUACCACCCCCAACCCGUCUGUGCUGCUGUGUGGCCCUUCCCAGUCCAUCGAUACCCUACGCUCAAUGGUUCGUCUGCAUCUACAUGCGCAAGAGGGCGUGCAACCUCGCAUAGUGGGCUUCAGACAUGUAUCGGGAGAGCUGAUUGUCAAGGACACCACUCUACGCAAUAUCGAGGUGCAGGUCUUGAAAGGCGAGCACAACACCAGCCUGCAGGUGAUCUGCGACAGCUGGGAGUGCGAGAGUCCUUUGGAACAGUACAACCGCAUCACACGCACGUGCGCACUACAACCGCUGGCAGCUGUGUGCAAAGGCCUCCAAACACACUACAACACAGAGGAUGCAGAUACCACGUUCCUCAGCCAGCACCCAGCGGAUAGCCCACCCGCACACACCACACUGGCCAUCGCCCAUACGCCGCUUUGUCAUCAAUUGGUGGCGGUGGAGCACUCACAGACAUAUGAACGGUAUCUCCACGCGCCUGUGCACAAUGCCAUGCAGCUGAACGAAGGUGUGGAAGGGCUCCAUCCGAGCGAACGUCAGCAGCGCAGUGACUUUGUUGAGUCCCGGCAGUAUCUCGAGCGCUAUCUGCAGCUGACAAUACUCGUGCGAUGCAUGACACACGUGCGACACCUGUCACGUGUCAACCUGUCACACACCAGGAUCGAUGACACGGGCGUGCAAGUGCUCGUGAGUGGCCUGGGUGUGGGCAGUGCGUUAACUCACGUGCAGCUGAGUGGCAACUUGAUCACCGCUACCGGGGUGGAGUUUCUAUCGCAGACUUUGUCCAAGUUGUGUGUGCUCGACCUGUCAUAUAAUCUGCUGACUGAUUUGGCUGCCCCACACUUGGCACGGAUACUCCACACAAACAACGCUACGCAGAUUCAACGCCUUAGGCUGGACAGCAACUUCUUAAGCAACCGCACACUGUCACACCUGAGCACCCCGCUGGUAUCAACAGUACGCCAAUCGCUGCAAGAGAUUGGUCUCAGCGGCAACGCAGAGAUCACUGUGGUUGCGAUAGUGAAACUCAUCCGGUCAUUUGAUGGCGGAUGUCCGCUGACUGUUCUCUCAGAUGGCGUUGGCUCCAGUUCGCACGCCGCAGCCGUAUCGCCAACUGUCGACCCUCUGAGCCACAACUCACCAACCGACGCGUGUUUAUCGCCGUCUCUCAUUGGUCACACGCGUACCGCUAUACCAGCCGAUGUACACGUGUCUCUCAGAGGCGUGCACCUCACAGACGAGAGUCUGAGGACUCUGUUGGACGCUGUGGCAUCAGGGUUUGUGAUACGCCUCAAUCUGUCGCACGCUGUUCUGCCCGGCAGUGGUCUAGCAAGUGUGCUCCAGGCAGCGGUGGCGACGUCAAGCCGGCUUGAGCAGCUCGAUUUGUCACACCAUGUCAUCUCCGAUGCCGACAUUGCACCACUCCAGUACUGUGUAAAGGCAGUGUGUGAUGGGCAUAGUGUGCUGACGAAGUUGGAUUUGUCCUUUGCGACCCGAUUAGGCCCUUGUGACGGGAUCGACGAGCUUCUCAUCGCCCACGACAAGCUGGCCAGCCUUGAAAUAGUUGCCAGGGGUAUGCGAAUGGGACGUCAAACAGUCCCCUUACAGGCCGGAGCGUGAAAGUAGGUUCCCAUAAACUUAAUCCAUAGUAACUUAGUAAAUAAAUUUAGAAUAUAAA